AUGCUACCUCAGGAAUUAGGGGGGCUCUCUCAAACCCCUAGUCCUCCACGUCCCAAUACGGCACAAACUACAACCCCAUCCUCCAUCCCAGCAUCUGACAGCCAAAAUUUCCCUCGAACGCCCAGACGUUCUGCAUCUGUCAAUCUUGUUGAUUCCUUUACUCUUAUCGGCCGUCGGCGCCGUGCUGCCAACCCCGCCGUCCCCACAAUCCCCCCUCUCACACUUACCAUUUCACCGGCCAUUACCACUACCCCUCCAUCGAAGCCAAACGUUUUAAGGCGACGGUCUACUACAUCUCCUAUUGCCCCACCUGUUCCACCAAGACAUCCAAGGGGUUUGGAAAUUCCUAUCACGGCUCAGAAGGUCACUGUUCCACACGUACUACCAGAGCUGCGUUUCUCGACGUCUCCGCUCAUGCCAUCACCUCUCAAUAUUACAGCAGCGUCCUCUCCUCUCAGAAGGGGAGGGUUGAGAUCUCCCGGCUCACCAGUUAGAACAGGUGCAGUCAGAAGUUUGAAGAUGGAAAGGAGAAGCUUACUUCUGCAGCCCUCUGAGCAGGAGAACAGGGUGUUCACUAGAGCAAACACUGAGAGGCUUCAAUUGCAAUCAGAGGAGGACGAGGAAUCAAGUGCAGAUGAACUACAGAGCAAUUUUGCUCUGAAAGAUAUGGAUCAAAACUUGGAGAGUUGGGAUAGCUUUCCCGGAGUUCAUGCAAGUGUGGAGCCUCCGUCUCCUACCUCUCCAGAAAGGAACUUUCCCACACGUUCAUCUUCACUUUUAUCUAGUCCUGUGACCCCAGAUAGAUUUGAAAGACCUGACGUACCGCCACAUCUUCAUAUGGCUCGUGCUGCCCCAAGACAGGCAGUCCUAGUGCACAUUGGGCGCGGUGUGAUUGGGGUUCUCAAAUCAUCUCCUGAUAGUGACCAUGAAAGUCCUCAAGUGGCCACCGAUUCACAAUCUGUCAUCUCAACCUGGACGAUUGAUGUUGAGGCUGCUUUUUCGAGCAUUAGUGGCUUAGGCACCGGUGGUAUUUGGCGCAAGAUUGGUGUCUAUCUUGAGCCGUGGGAUCUCGCCCGUCUUCUCAGGGUUUCAAAACGUGUCAAGAAAUCCAUUGAGCCGCUACUUUAUGAGACAAUUUGGCUGCGUCCCAACCCUCCACAUGGAUACUCCUUCUCAUAUUUAAGCCGCCUGUUGAAGUCCUUGAACAACAAGGCGAAUAAACCAAAACUGCAGAAAUGGACAAAGAAUAUUCGUCUUGGGAUGGGCUUUGAAGAAAACCAAACUAGGCUGAUGGAUAACGGCCACUUUCUCCCGGAAGAAGCUAUUCUUGGUGAAAAUGGAAAGGUGACGAUUAGUAGAAAUCGUGUUAGUGAACUCAUCGAAGAUGAAGGUCUCGAUAGUGACGGUGGGUUCAACGGAAUCAACAGUUUCCUCGGCGAUAUCUUAGAGAGUACCCCGGGUCUGAAGACAUUCUCCCUGGAUUCCCCUGUCCCGAUGAAUAAUGAGUCUCUCUUGGCUCUGGGUGGGAUUAAAUCCGUCACCACCAUGAAGCUAAAUCUCUCGCAACCAAUGAGGAAGAAACGUCAACAACAGGGAUCCAAUACCCCCGAUUGGGUAGCUUUGCCAAAGUACCGCCCAAGCAUCCUCUUGCUCUGCAAUCUCCCGCUUGUGGAGCUACGAUUAAACAAUCUUCCCACCAGAGGUGGAACAUAUUGGUUACAAGUCUGGAGUACCAUUAUAUCCAUGUCUGAUACCCUCCGUAUCCUUGAGCUUGCAAUGCCACAUAUUGAUCAAAAGCGUUAUGGUCAAUUAUUUGACUCCUACCACCGUGUUUCCAACCCCCCUAAUUCGGCAGAGGAUAUCAAGACUCCUCCGAUCCUCGACUGGAAGGUCUAUAAACAAGCAAUGUCGCCGUUAAUGCAAGAUCGCAAAAAGAAGUUGAAAUUACACACUCUUCAGCUUACCGGCUUUAUAGUUGAUACAGAGUUCAUCAGCAAUGAGAUUGAGCCCGGCUGUCUUAAAACACUCGAACUCAUAGGUUGUAUGGAACAUAGCAAGUUCAAAUUCACCAAGGAGUGCUGGAAGGGCCUUGAGGUGUUCAGGUCCAGUGGACUAGGGUUCAUUGAAGUUACCAUUAAUGCACUCUUCACCAUCCCCGGUGGGAACAAGAAGGAGCUUACUUUCCUGACUGACACCCGUGAGCGCUGUGAGCCUAUUCCUCUGGGCAAGUUGCGUACAGUCGUUCUAAACGCCUUUCCGUUUUAUAGCCACAAGAUCGAGAAACUAGGCUUGAAGGAACAGUGGGUCCUCAACACCGAUGAUCUCAACAAGAUAUUCGCAGAUGUACACAACGGCGGAGAAGGCUUUACAGAGCUUGGCCUUGCCCUGAUUAAUACCCCUGUUGCCUGGCGAAUCUUCCUCAAUGGCCUUAGACGCUGCAAGAAUAUCCGCAGAGUCCAGGUACUCAAUGGCUUCUUCCAUGACGAAAACAGCGGCUACAGAGGAAACGUCCAAGACGGCGGCCCCAGAAGACGUGUUUAUGACGACGCCUUGAUCAUCGCGAAGAACUUCUUCGAGGCACAUGCAGAAGGACUCCCGAUCCAGCUAGAUGGUAUCAUCAUUGCGGUCAGUCAGUGUGCUUGGAGAAUUGAGCGUAUGGGAGGGAAGUGGGGAAUUGUUCGUAUUCGUGGGCUCUUGAAGAGAUCUGCGGUUGGGUGUGAGGAGCUUCAAUUUGUGUAG